AAAGCACAUUUAGGAAACUGGCUAGCAAGCAGCCAGCUGGACUUCAACAAAUACAACUUUUCAGAGAAGAUGGAGCAGGCUAGCUUCCUUCAAGUUGUGGACAGGCAGACGAAGACUUUGACAGAGACCCCUGAAGGACAGGAUAAAAUGACAGAUGUUGUCCCUGUUGCACCGGACCUACAGAACUCAUACCAUGCUUUAAAUGAACCAGAGCAUGCCCCACUUGUCUGCUCAAGUCAGAUUGCUGGUCAUGCCUUUCCCAUUUCAAGGAGAAACAGUGCUGAUGCAAGCAUUGCUUCCCAGACAGCAAACCCUUGCUUUGCUUUCAAUGGCCCAUACUUGUUCAGCCCAGUGAUGCCCUCCCAGCCUGAUGUGCAUCAGCCCCUCACAGUGGACCCAGCGGGAGUCCGUAAGAAAUCAGUUUCCCUUCAGUACGUGACCCUUCCCAAGGAAGACUGUUCCCAGGCUCCACGGAGGCAAGAGCAGCCAGGAGCAGGUCAUCCACAGCCCUUCCUGUUCCCGGAUCAGAAGGAAAUGAUGCAGCACCACAAUGAGGAGGAAGUCUCACCGGCCCCACCAGACCAUGGCAAAGGCACAACCGUGAGAACAGAAGAGCAGAACUCUGCAAAGGCUGUUAGCUGUGUCACGUCUCCUCAGUGCCUCUUGGAGUACAUCACCCCAGAGGGCCUGCUGCUGCCAUCAGCCAGCAAGCCUACCCAUCCGCCGCUUGUUGCUUCUGGGGAGUUGCCUUGUGACUUGCAGGAGCCCCAGCCCCUCAGUGACCACUCCUUCCACGAGUCUUCUCCUGUGAAAACUGGUGUCAUGGUCCCAGUUUCAGGUCAAGCGCCAACCUCUUCUCCUGAAUUGCCUCUGGAUACAUUUGGAGACUAUCUUACUGUCCCCUUAGGUCUCCAUGGACAUUCAGAACCCAAGAAGAUUUCUCUUCCUACCUUACAGAAGGAAAAUGAUCUUCCUAGAAAGCAGCCUUUGCCAGAGGGUAACUUGGUGGUAUUAAACCCUGACAGCACUGAGCCAGUUUUCCUUUGCCAGGUUGGUGACUAUUGCUUCCAGAGCCUAAAAUCAAGUGUGAAGAUGGAUAUUAGUCAGGAAGACCAGCAAGUCAAGAAACUUUCUGAAGGCAAGGAAACCCCUGGGAAGCCUGUAUCUGAUGAUGAAUCCAUUACUGGCAAGGAUAAGGACUUAUCAAAAAUGCAGGCUAUUCAGCUUUUCAAAAACCUGAAAUCAGAUGAUUACUUUUCCUGGCAGCAAUCUUUGAGGAUCAGAGAAAUCUGUUAA